AAAGAGUUCAUUCUCGCAGUUUACCGUUCCGGUAACGCCAUUAUCGUUCUCGAGACACGACGUGAUUUCAUGUAAAAAUUCGAGUUUAGGAGCGCCAAGAGGGAUACUUCGUAAUUAAGAAAAUGACAACAGAAGAUGUGGAUGAUUUGCAAGCUCACCUGCAACAUCAAGACACAGGUGUGGUUACAAUUCAAGCUGCGCCAAUAGUUGCUGCUUUGGCAACACAGGUACAUGUCGAUGGAACAACAGCUAUUAUACAAGAUAUUUGCUUUGAUACAGACGGCUGUAGUGAACCAGAAGCCAAGAGGAUGAAGCUGGAUGAGGAGUUUAGUACAGAACAGUCCAUCAAGCAAAUUCUGUUCAAUAUAAACAAGGCCAUCUGCCUUCGGCUUGACAGCAUGGAGAAUAAACUGGAGGGAUUCUCUAAGCGCAUGCUGGCUGUGGAGGAGAAGGUAGAGGCUCUACUCAAUGUCUCUCGUCAGCAAAGCUCCAUGAUUUCACAAAAUACAUCACGGCGAGGUGCAGUCAUCGUUGGGCUUCCACAGAAUGGUACAAAAAUAGAGCCUGGAGGCAGUCCAGGUAGCAUGAGCUCAGAUGGGAUUCACAGUCUUGGGCCCAAUGUGACGCUCAUCACUCUCAAUACAGAAGAUGAUUUUCCUGAUGGUACUUGGCUAGGAGAUGAGAACAAUCCAGAAGUGAGGGUGCGAGUCCACAUCAAGCCGAGUGACUUGCUGCACAUCCAUUCUAACUGCCGCACACCCGAAAAAAUGGCGCUGACACUUCUAGAUUACCUGUUUGACCGGGGCGUGCAGGCAGACUCUAAUCUUUCAGGAAUGGGAAAGCACGGCAAGAAACAGCUGGACCCUCUCAUGAUUUAUGGAAUACGAUGUCACCUGAUUCACAGGUUUGGGAUCACUGAAAAUGACUGGCACCGCAUCAAGCAGAAUAUUGAUUCCAAAUGUCGCACCGCCUGGCGCAGACGUCAGCGGGGCAUGCCAUUGUCUGUAAAAGCCUUUCGUGGAAAGGCCCCAGCAUCAUAUGUCAACAUCACCAACCACAUGGGCGAGCUGGUCAGUGAUGAUGACUCCCUUAGCCAGGAUGGUGAGCUUCAUAUCCACCAGGCGGACAUCCAAGCAGCAGUGGCCAUGACUGGAGAUGGAACUCACCAAGGAGAAAUUCAGAUCCUGCAUGCUACACCAGAACAGAUAUCCCAGCUGCAGCAGGCACAUCACAUACAGAUUCUGUCUGGAGAUCAGGUUAUAGGGCAAAUUCAGCAAGGGGACCUAACCCUACAGGAUGGUGUUCAUGUUGCCACAGUAACCACAGAAACUGGAGAAGUGUUACAGAUCCAACACAAUGCUGUAGUAGCUGAUGUGCAAGAAUGACCACACAGUAUUGCCUUUGUGUGAAAUUGAAGACUGUGUGUGCAUGUGAAAGUGAGCCAGUGAGAGAAAGCAUGCUGACAUGUUCAUGAUAGUACAUAGCAUCACAUCUACAUGGCAUUUUAGAUCAAAUUAUUGUUGUUUUAUUAUUAUUACUAUUAUUAUUAUAGUAAAUAGGACAUUUUAUAGAAAUCGGGAUUUGAAGAUUGCCCAAAAAUGCAGCUUACGUGUCAGUGAAAAUGGCAGAUCUUCACUUCAUCUGCCCUGCCUGAGAAUUCAUCUUAGUGCUUGAUGGAGGAGUUCAUAUCAUCCCCUUCCAUUUAAAAGCUGAAGAAAGUGUGUGCUGCUCUGAGGAUCUCAUAUUGUCUGCUUCAUUCUGUUUUUGAGUUGGAUCAGGUGUUAGAAUUGCAAUGAUUGGGGGAUACAAAAAACUUGCUUCGGUCAGGGCCCAUGUUGCUGUCACUUUUUAGUCUCCUAAUGUACAGUGGAUCAUUGGGCAUGGCUGCUUUAUAACUUACUGUUAGCAAGUAGAGUCUGGAACUAAAGCCUUGUGCACUGAUACAACUUGGUCCUGGUAGUUUAACAGCACAACCAGUCUCUCUCACACGUACACAAACAUGCAGAGAUUAGCAAAUUCUUUAAAAUCUAGCUGUUAAAAAUAACAUGGCUUUCAAAACUGUUGAGCAUUUUCAAACUUUGUGAACAAAAACUCGUUAAAUAUAUAGAGACAUAUUUUGUGCUCCACAAAUGAGAGAUGUCAAAUGCCCUUUCUUCUUUGUACUGUACCAGAUGACAUGACUAUAUGGAGAUCACUCUCUAGCUACCUCAAAUCCAGGUGUCCAAACCAUGCUACAUGGUAGGACUAAACAAAGCUCAACCCCCACCUGACACAUCAGUGAGCAUUUUACUCCAGUUUUUGCCUGCCUCUGACUGUGUUUGGUCGUGCGGUGGCUACCUCACCCUUUGAAGUGCUAUGGAUUUACCAUGUACGUUGUGUGGUGCGGCUAAGUCCCCAGCAAAUUUGUGUGGAAGGUUUUUCAACUGUCUGCCAUGUUCCGCCAAUCUGCCGUGUGACAUCUGCCAAGGUUGGUCCGAGGACAAGUGGAUGCAGGUGGUUUGUGACUAACCGAGAUGGGAUAGAACUCUGUGCUUCAUUAAAUCUUGCUUCUUAGAAAAACAUAAGCAGAGAAAAAGUAAGGUUAGAUGGCCGGAAACAUGCUGUUCCCCAAAUGCAGAGGUAAGCAUGUUGCUGCAGUGUGGUGGGGAAACGGAGCAGGUCGGAGCGGCAGCUCAAACCUGUGGUGUUACCUCCACCCCUUUCCCUUCCUUUGGGUCCAGGUCAGGGCAGCCCGGUAAAGCAGACAAGCGGAACAGCCUUUCCUUUUCUGAUGGCGCCGCUGCCAGGAUUGCUGGCGGUAGGUUCUAAGUUUUACACAGGGUACCUUUCUUUUUUCCUAUGCAGUGGAUUCUGUUUCCUUUACCGCAAGCCCACAAUACACACCCUCUUCUCCAUGUUCUGACUCUCCUGAGUGAGCAAACGGCUUAGUGCAGGUCAGACACCACGGGUGCCUGGGCAGGGGAGAUGGGGUCAGUCUCCCUCAUGGGGGACAGGGUAAUACAAAUUAGUGGUAAUUUGAUUAUCCAGUUUCUUUCAUAAUAUGAAGAACUUUUCCUGUUCCUCCACCAGAGAGAAGAUCUGGUCCUUCACAAAAUACAUGGAGAGAUGCUGAAGUUGACUAUAAGACUACUUGCACACUUUCAGAAACCUAAAGCCAUACCUGAGCAAAUAUCUGUUCUCCAGAAGCUUAACUGCAAGCAUGACACUUACUUUCAGAUACAAAUAUAGCUGUCUGAGUUUCCUCUAGAGUAGGAUGAUAAACCUUGGGCGACAGAUUUUGCCAGCCUGAAUGUCCAAGUCUCUGAGGAGAAUUGGAGAGGGAUUGAAGAGUGAAGGUAUAUUUCUCAUAUAAAAAGAAAAUCUGCCUUAACCAAUAAUUGCUGUUGCAUUUCAGCAUUCUGGAUCCUUGUGUGAGGAAACAAAGUACACUUUUAAUUGUACACUGUAUGUAGUUGCAGUCAAGUUGUCAGCGGAGUAGAGAAGGGUAUGCUGUACAUGGAACUGAGUAUAUCACAGCCCCAUCCAACAUGUCAGGUGUGGGGUUGGGAGGGUGCUGAGAUUUGUUUAGACCUACUGUGUUGCAUGGGUUUGAGGUAGCUAGAGGGUGAUCUCUACAUAGUCAUGUCAUAUGUUAAGUACUCAAAGAAAUUUUACCACCAAAAAUGGUAUUUUCAAAGAAAUCCACAUAAAGGCAGCAGAGUGGUGCACUGAGUAAGGUAUCCAUGCCUGCAGGUAAUAUCUGUGGUGUAAAGUAGUAUUAUUGUUGGAAAAUCCUAACCCCAUUUACCCUAGUGGGUGUUGGCCAGUAUAAAGAAUAUAUAUAUAUGUCAAAAUAUUUUCAUGUUCAACUUUUCUAGGGUAAGAGCGGUCAUCAGACGUAGAGAUAGGGGUGUAUUUAAACAUCAGUAUUGGAGUUCACUGUUGUCAUGUUGCUUUUUUAAUUUAUUUGUUUAUAUUAUUGUUUUUUGCUUUGUUCAUUUGUAAAUUUCCGAAUAGUUAUUUCCUAUAUCUCGGAUAUAGAUUUCCCUAGAGUUCAGGAUGUACAAGAACAUUUCACAUGGUAUAAGAAAAGACAAGAACGUUUCACAUUUUACAAGUAGAGACAAGAUUUCUUUUAAGCUUGGAAGCACUCUUGAGAGACUGUAUUUGAUGCCCCAGUCAGCGCUGAGAUGUCUGGCUGUGCAGAGCUAGUUGUUAACACCUAGGUUGAAGUAGCUGUUAUGUUCUCCACACCCACCCCACUCACCCCUUCCAAGGAAAAAAACAUGAAAAAAAUUAGUUUAUUUAAGACCUGAAUAACACUCUGGAUGAACCAUUCUUAUACAAAAUUCUUAGCUUGAGUAAUGCUUAGGGUUACUGCAAGGAUUUUAUGUGCUGUAUACAGUUGUACCCCCGCCCCCCCCCCCCCCACAAAAAUAAACAAAACAGGCAGAAAAAUCUCACGGUGAUAUUAAUAAAGAGUAUGGUGUCACUUCUUCAUGGGCUGAAGUGCAAGGGAUGGGAGUUCUCAGGAUUCUAGUGUAAUAAGCAACUUGGUGCCAUGUACUAUAGGGGAGAUUUGAAAGUAUUAGCAGGGUUUGAAUGCAGCUGUUUGUGUCUGUUAGCAGAAUGUGUUGGCUCAAGAGAUUUCUCGCAAAUUAUAUGAUGUCUCAUGUACAAAAUACUCUUUAUACAAGCAGCAUGUCUGUGUUACAAAUCUGAGGAGAAAAGCAAGAAAGAAAAAUGUAAUUGUGUCCUUUUGUUUUAGUGAAUUGUUGCAAGUACUUUUGCAAGUAUGAACAUUGGAGGCCCUUGAAUUUGGAUUUAGAAUAUUUGAUUUUACUGAAAUCCUUCUUUUAUAAUGCAGCAAAAACUAUGUUGAUAUUUUCCAAUGAUGGUAUUGCACAGAAAAUAAAAUGUUGAUGAUGAAAAAGAAA